UCCACAGAGACACCAGGUCUUCACUCAAACCAGAAUGGCACCUUGCUCCUACAGCACAGACUACAUCAGCCUCAAGAUGUCCGAAAAGGAAAGACAUAAAUUGAGAAAGCCAGUGGUGGAGAAGAUGCGCAGGGAUCGCAUCAACAGCAGCAUUGAGCAGCUCAAGGCCCUGCUGGAGACAGAGUUCCGCAAGAGCGACCCCAGCGCCAAGCUGGAGAAAGCCGACGUCCUGGAGAUGACCGUCAGCUUCCUGAAGCAGCAGCUUCAGCCUCGGGCAGCGGCCAAUCAGAUGGGCUACAGCCACGGCUACUCUCAGUGUUGGGGAGAGGCUCUGCGCUACCUGUCCUUCAGCUCCAAGGGGAACGUCUCGGUCAAGCAGCGAUAUGGUUCACAUGGCACCCAGGUGUCCACCAAGAAGCUGUGUCCUGAGUCCCCAGCCAGCUCCAAGCAGAGCCCUGUCACUGCAGGGCAGAGUGCUGGAGCUGGGCUGCCUCUCUGGAGGCCCUGGUAGAGACGCUGCACAGACUCUCACAUGGAUCCUUGAGGGGAGUUUGACUUCCUCUCAACUCGUAGGAAAUACGCCUUUCCUUUAUUUUCAUAUGUUUUAUGUACUAUUCAUAUUUUUUUUAUGAGUAUUACUGUUUUGCAGUGUUGGAUCUCUCAUAGAGGAAGAUAUAGUGGCCCUCCAUGGCUUAUUAAUUCAAUGGCUUCAUAUUGAAGGAACAUUGAAUUUGUGAAUAUAUUGUAUAUGAUCUGUGUAAUUGUAUGGUAUGCAUGUGAGGUUGAAUCUCUUAUGUCACCAUUGACAAGCAGCAGAUGUCUGCAAUGUGUGCAGUUAAAACCCUUCUGCCUUCAGUGAAGAUAUCAUGUAAGAGUGUUUUAAACUUUGUACUUACCUUUUUAAAUAUUUUGCAUUGCAAAUUAUAGCACUUGCAUCACAUGAAAAAAGAAAAGGUUGAAAUAUUUUUGAAUGUCAGAGCCAUUGAGGAGAAAAUCUUUUUCUUUCUGUCUAAAGCCUACCCCUGUGGUGACAUUUCAGUGUUCCUUUUGUGAAGGAAAUUGAGUAAUGAUGUUUGUAUGGUGUUUGUGACACUUCUCAAUUGCUCAUUUAAUAAAUUCUUGAUAUGUA